AUGGAGCCCCCUUCUCUGCUUCUCUGCAGAGGGCUCCUGCUCACAGCCUCACUUUUAACCUGCUGGAACUCACCUGCCGCUGCAGCCCUACGAACAACUAAAGAAAUGCGGUUCUCUGCUGCCGAAGGGGCAAAGGUUCUUCUCCAUGUUCCUAACCAGGAAGAGAAUCUUCUCUCCUUUUCCUGGUACAAAGGGAAAAAUGAACAUGAAAAUUUUACAAUUGCACAUUAUGAAAAGGCCACAGAUGUACUUAAACUUGGAGAUAAAACCAGCGGCAGAGAGGACAUAUAUAAGGAUGGAUCCAUGAUGCUCCGGUCCGUCACCCAGGAAGACUCAGGAUUCUACACUUUAGAAACCUUUGAAGCACACAAUCAGCGUGAAAUAACAUAUGUCCACCUCCAAGUGUACAAGAUUGUGAAAAAGCCCUACCUCCAGGUCAACCAAACUAGACUGAAAAGACGGAAUGCUUCAGUUCUCACCUGUGUGUCACCUGACACCGGAGUGGACAUCAACUGGUUCUUCAAUUACAAGCCCCUGAAUAUCACAGAGAGGAUCACGCUGUCACCCGACGGGCGAAGCCUCACCAUAGCUCCCAUGUGGAGGGUGGACACAGGGAUCUAUCAGUGUGAGGUCUCCAACGCCUUAAGUUCCAAGAAGACUAACCCAGUGUUACUAGUGUUGGCUUACGGCUAA